AUGAGUAAUAAAAUCUAGGAGGGAUGUGUUUCUGCUAGAUAAAAGUUAUAUAAUGAUCAAGAAUUUAGAGAUGUAGUCAAGACAUUUCACGAAAUUGUCAUACAAAUCAAUAAAAGUUAUAAUGAUUAAUCAUUUUAAGGUGUGAAGAAAUAAAAAAAGAAAAAAUAAAAUCAAUAGCCAUCUUAAUAAAUUUAAACUAAAAAAAAAGAAGAGUUUAAAUUAUUUAGAAGAAAUUCAUAUCACAUUUAGAUUGCUUAUAAAUUAUACAAUAAAAACAAAUAAUAAAAUUAGAUUGAUGAGUGUGACCCUACAUAUCACUCCAAAAAAUUAAGAAAUAGUAAUCUAAUGGAAUUAGAAAAUCAACUAAAUAAUCACAACAACAAUCAUAUACCAUUAAAUGAAACAAGUUUGUAAAAAUGA